AUGGUGGUGUCCCACGAUACUGUGAGCGUCUCGAUCAACGGGGGCACCAUCGUCGGCAAACGGCAGCCGGCGUCGAGGGACUACCCCAAGGCUGUCGACGUCUUUUAUGGGAUCCCGUACGCAACUGUGGAGCGCUUCCAGCCCGCGGUACCCGUGAACCCGCCAGUGACAACGUUGGAAGCGCACAGCACGAGAGCGGAUCAGCCGUGUCCGACGACACCGCAGGGGUCGCCGGAGACCCCCCUGACGUUGAACGUUUUCCGGACGGCACCUCGUCGUGGCACUACUGCAGGGGACGCUGGUGACGACGACGACCGUGCCGGAGUGAACAGAGGGACUCUACCUGUUAUCGUUUACUUCCACGGCGGCGCCUUCAACUUUGGCGAUCCGCUUGAGCGGGAUUUCGCUUCGCUCGUGGCGUGGGCACCCACAGAUGUGCUCGUCGUCACCGCGAGUUACCGUCUUGGAGUGUUAGGCUUCCUUGCUGGUGGCAGUGAUGGCCUUGGACAGACGGCAAACCUCGGGCUGCGUGACCAGCGCCUUGCCUUCGAGUGGGUGAAGCAUUGGGCCGGAGCAUUUGGUGCCCUUCGAGACGGUGAGGUAACGCUGAUGGGGGCGAGUGCUGGUGCUCAUGCUGUCGGUCACCACCUGCUAUGCCCCGUCCCCCUCCCCUCGCACGCCAAAUCUAUCCUCGAGUCCGGGUCGCCAACGGCGCGAUCCGUCCUGUCCUCGCAUCAUCCCCGUCCCGUCGCUCAGCUCGCCUCGUUACGCCGACACGCAGCAGCCCGACAUUCGGAGACCUCCCUCGUCGUGCUUCCCCUCAAAGACUUGCUCGACGCUGGCCUCGACGUCUGGGCCGACAACGAGGAUUCCGUCUGCUGGCCCUUUCAGCCAGUCGUUGACGGUCCCGGGGGCGUCGUGCCGCGCCCGCCGUUGGCCCUCUGGGCAGACUUCGUCGCCAGCGGUCGGGCCGAGGAUCACAGCGUCAUCACGGGCUUCUGCUCCAACGAAGGCACCCAGUUCGUCCCCGUCAAUGCCGCCACCAAUGACGAAUUCCUCUCCUUCUUCCACACCCUCAUCCCCGCCCUGUCCGCCGAUGACCUUGCACAGCUCGAAACUCUGUAUCCGGAUCCCACGGCGCAGGCAUCAUCGGCAUCCGCAUCGCCGAAGGCAUCCAUGUACGCCAACCCGCCCGGCUGCAGGCACGGCGCCCAGUUCACCCGCCUCCAGACCGCCUACGGCCACUACGCCUACGUCUGCCCCGUCCUGCACACGGCCCAUACGCUUGCUCUCGCCGGCGCUCGUGCUGUCUACCUCUACGAGUACGCCGCACUUUCGUCUCCCUUCGCCGCCGCCUCCCACGGCGACCAGGCCCCCGUCGUCGACCACGACAUGGCUCUCCUGCUUCACCAGCCCGGCUUGCAGGCCGUCGCCAACGCCAUGAACAGUCGUUGGAUAACCUUUGCCGCCGCUCCCGACGGCAUGCUGGACGAGGCCCUGUGGCCGCCCUUCGAGACGCCCUUUGCCGACGGGCCCGCUGCGGGGGACGGUAGGCUGCUCGUUUUCGGUGGUGGGAAUGAUGAGGCUGCCGGCGGCGUCGCCAGAGGCACACCGGUCGCGACGAGGACCCUAACAGACGCCGAGAAGGAGCAGUGCCGAUUUUGGUGGCAAAAGAUGGAGCUGAGUCAGGGCAUGUGCGUCAGGGCCAGUUCGUAG